GUAAGCAGGGAGAGAGUUGCUGCUCCUGCUGCUGCUGAGGAGGACUUUCCUCAGGAGGGGCGUAGCUCGCCGCCCCUCCACGGCACGGUAGUUGUACUGCUGGCUGCCUUCUUGGCUGACUCUGUUUGGCACCUCACUGAGGGUCAGAGGGGCUUCUCCUGAGGGACAGCUGGCUGCUCCCCGAGAGGCACGUCUUCCCUCCGUUACCACGCUGCACAAGGCUAUUCUCAGAUACAGGGCAAAGCUCAAGGAAAAUCUGGGCUUUGAAGCAGACAAGGAAAUAUCAAGCAGGCUGUUGCUGGAAACAGACGUUUGAUUGGCCAAGGUUUUUACAGACUCCCUUAUCAGUAGCUGAUUAAAAUGCAACAGAAGAUGCCCAGGAAAAGAAUGACUCUGGCCACGUUCUGCAUUUGUCUUCUUGUUGCUGGAGUGGAAGCUACCCUCUGCCUAAGGGAAGAACAAGGGAACAGUUUAUAGAAUUGGAGUGUGUUCAUCUUCUACUGCUUUGUGACUAUGGGCUGGAACUGUAAUUUCUUCUGCUAUACCUUUUGAGGUAGAAUUACAUGGAUACAACCAAGGAGAAUGUUACCUGUGAAAUCGGUUAUUUAGGGAUCCUGUUAGAUAUACAGAAAUACUUCAAGCUUAGUGAUGGGGAUACAGGUCUACUGCAAACAGUCUUCAUCGUGUGUUACAUGGUGGCUGCCCCUGUCUUUGGAUACCUCAGUGACCGGUACAAUAGGAAAAUCAUCCUUGGAGCUGGUAUUUUCUUCUGGUCUGGUGUAACAUUAGGCAGUUCAUUCGUCAGUGAAUUGUACUACUGGAUAUUCUUUAUUUCACGAGGAUUAGUUGGCAUUGGCACAGCCAGUUAUUCCACAAUAGCACCUACCAUCAUUGCAGACUUGUUUGAGGAAGGAAAAAGGACCACAAUGCUAUCGAUCUUCUAUAUCUUCAUUCCAGUAGGAAGUGGUCUUGGUUAUGUCCUAGCAGCCGGCAUGGCAGACAUCACAGGUGACUGGCACUGGGCAUUCAGGGUAACUCCUUGCAUGGGAGGUCUAGCACUGGUUCUUCUGAUUCUACUGGUCCCUCACAGGACCCAGAGAAAGACAGCAGCACACAGAGCACUGAGCAUCUCCGGCACAAUACGAGUAGCGCCUGAGAAACCAGGUGUACAGAGAACUGCCAAGACUACUUGGUGUCAAGAUGUCGUAUCACUUGCCAAGAAUUGGAGUUUUGUCUGGUCUUCACUGGGUCUGACUGCCAUGGCCUUCGUUACUGGAGCCCUGGGAGUGUGGGUGCCACUGUUUCUUUACAGGGCUCAGGUUGUCCAGGGCAUUGUAUCACCAUGCCUCCAAGAACCAUGCAAUUCAUCUAACAGCCUAAUAUUUGGAGGCAUCACCAUUGGGACGGGAAUCUUGGGUGUCAUUGCUGGGGCAGAAGCUGCAAGAAGGUUAAGGAAGAUAAACAAUAAAGCUGAUCCUCUGAUCUGUGCCACAAGCAUGUUCAUUUCUGCUCUGUGCCUCUACACAGCUCUGAUGGUGGCCCAGGCGAACAUCCUUUCCACUUUUAUUUUUAUUGCAUUUGGGGAACUGUUUUUAUCUGUAAACUGGGCUGUUGUGACAGACAUACUGUUGUAUGUUGUGACACCAAGACGCCAGUCUACAGCUAUUGCCCUGCAGAUUUUGGUGACCCAUUUGCUGGGAGAUGCAGGCAGCCCAUACCUCAUUGGGAUUAUCGCCAAUGCUAUCCAGGCUAAGAAUGUGCCCUCAUUCCAGUGGAGUUUCUGGAGCAUGCAGUACAGCUUCAUCGUGUGUGCUUUUGUUGGUGUCUUUGGAGGAGUUUUUUUCCUCCUGACAUCUUUCUACAUUGAGGAAGAUCGUAAGGAAGCGGAGAAGCCUUGAGGUUUCUAUAUAUCUUUAUAACUCUUAAACCUGUAUCCAAUUGCUCUCCUGUUUGUACACUAGCCAUCAUAUUGGCUCUGUAAAGUUAAACCACAAAUGUCUGCAUUAUGUUAAUACCACAUUAGUUCCUAUACAAGAAUAAAGGCAAAAUCCCAGCAAAGUCUCAGGUUGGACAAACCUCCCAUACUGAGCAAAACAGACUGCAGAACAGAGGAGGAUCAGGGAAGUGCAUUAGUGACACCUUCAAAGUGCUGCAGUGUGCGGAGGUAAUAAAAUAGCUUUACUGUAAUGCACCAUUACAGACUUCAUGGAAGGUGCAGUUCUUUUUCUGCUCUGGUCUUUCUGAGCCAAGCAGAACCAGUCCUAGCUCUCUGUAGUACUUCUCCCUCUUCCCUGAAAGAAGUCAUAUUUGAAGUGCAAAAGGCUUAAAGAAAACCUGUUGAAUUGGACAAGAACACUGUCCUCAGUCACGUAGAGUCUUACAACUUCCUACUGCUCUGACUUGGUUUUCUAGGUACCAGAAGUGAGCAUUGCCUUUCAAAUUGAAGAUGAACUCUGGGGCAAGAUUUGCAAAGAAGAAAAGAAUGUCCUUCCCUUUUUCUUUCCUUUUUGCUUAAUGAGAUAUGGCUAGAGAAAAGGCCAAAUAACAAUUCCUCCAUAUGGCAGAAAAUCCUGCAUACUGACUUUUUUGGAUGCUUUUGACUGUGAGUCAAAAAUUGUUACUGCACUGGCAUAUGGCAACCCUCCCCCAUCUGCAGAACAGGCACGGAUAUUCUGCGGAGCUGGGGAGCUCCAGAAGGUAGCGUAUAGAGCUGUCACAGGCUGCUAACCUAAACGAGACAGUAGCAUUUAAGGCAGAAUGUCUCAUGGAGAUUAAGAAGGGACGUCUACGAAUUCUCAGCAGGAUAACAUUUGCCUGUAGAAUUUGGAAAAUGUAGGUAGUACAAAAAGUUCAGUCGUCUGAAAUGACCAAGAGAAGCAGAAACUAUCAAAAUCAGGGUCAGAUUCAAGAGCAGAGGGUUGCGAUCAUUUUAUAUGUAAUAUGUUAGUGGCCUCUUUCUAAUCCUUUGGGACUCAUCGGUGUAUCCUCAGGCCUUGGCUAAGUAACUCCUCUCAUGAGUGAACAGUAGUAGCUGUAAAACCACUUAAAUACGACGAUCCAUUUGAGCUCUUAUCUCUAAGGUGCAUAAGACUUCGCAUGUGGUAUCUAUUGUCAUAAUAUUGUGCCAGCUGCCGAACAGGACGAUUAGUGUGGCCACUUCCAUUGUUGGAGGUGGUGUCAUUCCCAGCAGCACCUUAAAGCCAAAACCCGAGGAAGGUAUUAGCAAAUGAAUCGUGAAGUAUUCUGAAUCUUGCCUCAUUCUCCCAGUAAAUCAUAAAGCACAAUAUUCCUGUAACAACUGUGAAUAUCUAAUGUCAUCAUAAAUAACAUAAUUCAGCAACUGCAGGUUUUUGUUUCUCCCUUGCUCUCCCUCAUUUUAAAAAAUCUGUUCUGAAACCUGACUUAAACCUAGGUAAGAGCUUAUGCCAUUAUGGGAAAUAAUAGAGAAUUUUUU